GACUUAAAAACACACAUUAAUACUUAAAGUUUGACAUAAAUAUAUAGCAACAUAAAACAAUUCUAGUUGGUAGGCCAACGAUAAUAGGAUAAGAACAAACCCACCCUCUUAUAUAUGAAUAUAUUAGCUUGCCCAUGUAUAUAAACAGGUUGUUAUCGCUGUCAGCUGGGACAGUUAGUCGAAUAUUGCCUUUACGGAGGAGACUUAGCAGCAUGAGAAUUGCCAUUAUAGGACAGAGUGUUUUUGGCGCUGAGGUCUAUAACUUGUUACGUAAAUCCGGCCAUGAAAUUGCUGGAGUCUUUACUAUCCCUGACGUCAAAGGGCGAGAGGAUCCACUAGCUGCCCAAGCGCACAAGAAUGGCACCCCAGUGUUCAAGUAUAAAAGAUGGCAAGAGAAAAAGGUUCCAAUUCCAGAAGUGGUUGAACAAUACAAAAGUCUUAAUGUUGAGUUAAAUGUUUUACCAUUUUGCUCACAAUUCAUUCCAACAGAGGUGAUAUUCUACCCUAAGCACCAAACGAUUGUUUACCAUCCUUCCAUUCUUCCACACCACCGAGGAGCAUCUGCAAUCAAUUGGUCUUUGAUUGAAGGAGAUACAAAAACUGGUUUUACAAUCUUCUGGGCUGAUGAUGGGCUUGACACAGGACCGAUCCUCUUACAGCGACAUACCUACAUCACCCCUGAUGACACAGUGGAAACUUUAUACAACCGAUUUCUCUUUCCGGAAGGAAUUAAAGCCAUGGACUAUGCUGUGAAACUCAUUUCUGAAAACCGGGCCCCUAAAAUUAUUCAGCCAGAAGAAGGAGCAAGUUAUGAAGCACUUUUGAAAAAAUCCCUUGUUAAAAUAAACUGGGAUCAACCAGCAGAAGCUAUCCAUAAUUAUAUUCGAGGUAACGACAAAGUUCCUGGAGCUUGGGCCACGAUUGAUGGACAGCAAGUUACUUUCAGUGGUUCAAAAUUAUGGAAUCGGUUAGUGCCACGAGGAACUGAAGUUGCCAUUGAAGGAUGUUCCAAGCCAGCCAUUGUACAUAAAAAUGGAAUGAUUCUUUUCGGAAAUGAUAAUAAAAUGGUGAAUGUCUCCCAGCUGCAACUGGCCAGUGGCAAGAUGAUCAAAGCUUCCAAAUAUGGUAAAGUUGAUGAUUCAGCAGAGAAAUUAGAACUGACAGCAGAAGAGGUUUCUAUGGAGUCAAACCUCAAGGAAAUUUGGAAAGCUAUAUUAAAUAUAGAAAUCGAAGACACAACAGACUUCUUCAAAGCUGGAGCCGGUUCCAUGGAUGUUGUGAGAUUGGUUGAAGAAAUCAAAGAGAAAUGUGGUGGUGUUGCUUUAGAGAAUGAACACAUCUACAUGAAUACCACAUUUGCAGAACUGUCCAAUUACAUUAUAUUACGUAGUCGUGGAAUCACAGAUGAAGAACCUUUUGAAUUUGAUGCUGUGAAGCUGCAUGUUAACAAUAUGGACAUCACCUUUCCUCAUCAGUGUUUCAUUGACAAUGAGUUUGUCGAUUCUUCCGAUUGUGUCACUUACAACACUAUCAACCCAGCAGAUGAAUCGGUGAUCUGUAAAGUGUCGAAAGCCACAAAGGAGGAUGUGAACAGAGCAGUGGAGGCAGCCAAGGAAGCUUUUGAGAAUGGAGAAUGGGGAAGGAUGAACGCUCGUGACAGAGGUGGCUUAAUGUACAGGUUGGCUGAUCUGAUGGAUAAACAUCGUGAAGAACUUGCUACAAUCGAGAGUAUUGAUGCUGGAGCAGUCUACACCCUUGCGCUAAAGACCCACAUUGGUAUGUCUAUAGAUACCUUCAGGUAUUUUGCUGGUUGGUGUGACAAGAUCCAGGGCAAGACCAUUCCUAUAAACAAUGCACGGCCAAAUAAAAAUCUCACCUACACAAAAAGGGAACCUAUUGGGGUUUGUGGAAUUGUUGUACCCUGGAACUACCCACUUAUGAUGUUGGCAUGGAAGAUGGCUGCUUGUCUAGCUGCUGGGAACACAGUCAUACUUAAACCAGCUCAGGUAACACCACUCACUGCCUUGAAGUUUGCCGAGUUAACAGUUGAGGCUGGAUUUCCACCUGGAGUCAUCAACAUCCUGCCUGGGUCAGGUUCCGUAGUCGGCCAGGCUCUUUCAGACCACGGAGACGUUCGCAAACUGGGUUUCACCGGAUCCACACCAAUUGGGAAGACGAUCAUGGAAAGUUGUGCCAAAAGCAAUGUCAAGAAAGUUUCUCUGGAACUUGGUGGCAAAUCUCCUCUCAUUAUAUUUGCAGAUUGUGAUAUGGACAAAGCGGUCAGAAUGGGAUGUGGCAGCGUGUUCUUUAACAAAGGAGAGAACUGCAUCGCAGCUGGACGGUUAUUCGUUGAAGAAUCCAUCCAUGACGAAUUUGUUGAGCGUGUGAUAGCAGAAAUAAAGAAAAUGAAGAUUGGCAACCCAUUAGACCGUUCUGUGGACCAUGGGCCCCAGAACCAUAAAUCUCAUUUGGACAAAUUACUUGAAUAUUGUGAGAUUGGAAUAAAAGAGGGAGCCACACUUGUUUAUGGAGGAAAACGUGUUGACUGUCCCGGCUUUUUUAUGAUGCCAACGGUCUUCACAAAUGUCUCAGAUGAUAACUUUAUUGCCAAAGAAGAAUCAUUUGGUCCAGUAAUGGUGAUCUCAAAGUUUACAGAUGGAGAUAUUGAAAAUGUAUUACGAAGAGCUAAUAACACAGAAUAUGGCUUGGCAUCUGGUGUUUUUACCAAAGACAUCAACAAAGCAUUAACCGUAGCAGACAGUCUUCAGGCUGGUACCGUGUUUGUGAAUACAUACAACAAAACUGACGUCGCUGCUCCCUUUGGCGGAUUUAAACAAUCUGGUUUCGGCAAAGAUCUAGGUGAAGCUGCUUUGAAUGAAUAUCUGAAGAUAAAGACUGUGACUGUGGAAUAUUAAAUACAAUCAAAGUACAAGGUGAAAAAUGGAGAAAAAGAGAAUGAACAUCAAAAGAAACUGAUUUUUUUUGUUUAGUUUAGUGAAAAUACUAUAGCAACUGUUUGCAAUAAGUUGAUACAUAAAAUAGUUUGCAAGAAACUGAUAAGCAAAAUAGAAAUUAUGUGAGAAAUAUUGGUUUCAGUAAAAAGACUAUAAAAGAUACAAGUAAUCUACAACUAUAUAUAUAUAUAUAUUAUAUAUAUAUAUAUAUAUAAAUUAUAAAAACACCUUUUAUCAAUUCAAAAUGAACAAUUAAAUUACACC